AAUCUACGAAAUUUUCUCUUAUAUAAGAUACAUUCUAACAGUUCUCCUAACACUUCUUUACAGUUGAUCCGUCAAUUCGUUCUUGUGGCAUCAUUAUUUUUGUAUACAGCAUCAGGCGGUGAUUAUCGAUGUAAUGCUAUCGAAUUUUGGAGUAGUGUUGUCUGUUCCCUGGAGAAUCUAAAAAUCGUAAAUUUUUACGGUGUGCUCAAUAGUAGCAAAAAUUUUACUCUUCUCCAGCGAUGCUUCGAGGUUUUUAUACAUAGUAUUGCACACAAAUGUGAGACAACAAUCGUGUUGAAGACUCACGUGUUUCGUGAUUCGAGAAGCACGUUUUACUCUGCUAAUAACGACACAAUUCAUGGGAUCAUGGUACGACCAUCUGUUCGAAAGAUUACAUCCGAAGACACGAUCACUUUUCAAGCAAUGUCGUCGUCAGUUGAAAGAAUCUCAAUGCAAAAUUAUAAAGAGGGAAACACGUGGAAUGUGCACGUAAUACUUGCAAGAGAUAUCCACUCUUUCGAUCAAGUCUCAAAGAAUGAUUCGAUAUUUGCGUGGAAUCCUCAAGAUCGAUUUAUCGUGCUGAUUGUUCGGUCAAAUGAUCAUAAUCGGCUGAAUGAAUCAGAUAUGAGGAUUGACGAUGUGUUAAAAUCGUUAUGGUCCAAACGCAAAAUGCAAAGCGUUUUUAUCUCCGAGAUGCUUGUAAGCGACACAUCUCGAAUUAAUCGUGUCAUUCGCACUUACAAUCCGUUUGCUAAAAUCAACGAUUCUGAAUGGGGUAAAAUCGAAAUUGUAAACGUAAAAACGGCGAAACAAGCAUCGAACAUAUUGUCACAUUUAACAUAUUAUCGAACGAAAAAUUUGAACGGAUAUGAAUUGAAAGUAGGUUUAUUUGAACGAAGUCAAUCAAUUAAGGAAAUAACGAAAGAUCAACCGAACAUUGCAUCUUAUUAUUCCGAUAUCUUCAAAGGAUUUGAUGAAACAGUAUUAAAUACGAUAACUGAAUAUAUGAAUUUUAAAGUCAAGCCGAUAUAUUCAAUGAAUACAUUCGGUUAUCAAUUAUCUAACGGGACAUACGUUGGUGCUAUAGGUGACAUAGUGCACGGUAGAACGGAUAUCUGCUUCGUGACAUUUUUCGUGAAGAAAUAUAAUGUCAAUACUAGUGAAGAUGUAGAGUUCAGCACAUAUGUGGAGUUCGACAGGGUAUGCGUGAUUGUUCCUAAAGCACCUAAGGUACCCAAAUGGCUCCGAAUAUAUCAUUUCUUUCCGCUCUCAGUUUGGGUCUGUUUGAUGUUGUCGCACAUUCUCACAUAUCUGAUGUGGUAUUUUUUGCAAGUAUUUGCUCUAGAAAGAACGGAGAGAACAAGUUUUCUCACAAUGGUCUAUCGAUCGUUCCUGUUGAAUGCCGGUUGUCCCCAGAAAUUGCCAAACACGAACGCUGAGAGAAUAUUGCUGACGGGUAUUCUUCUUGCCAAUGUUACUUUAGUAGGAAUCUUCAGCGGUAUUCUGUACAACAGUUUCGCACACGACAUGUAUUAUCCAGACAUCGACAGCCUUCGCGAUCUUGACGCAUCAGAAUUGCCGAUAUUAUUAUCCUCCUUCAGCUUGACCGAUCUCUUCGAUUCCAGUGAUCUCAAAUCGACCGCGUGCAUGCAAAAUUUGAGGAAGAAGUUGCGAUAUGGUUUAAAUGCCGUAUACAACGCUGCCUAUUCUCGCAAUGUUUCGGGAUUCAUCAGAGAACUUCAUUAUCCCAUUAUCAGAGACGAAUUGAUUGAUGCGGACGGUGGGCGAUUGCUUCAUCUUGUCAAAGAAUGUCCAGGGGAAUAUUACCUGUCGUAUCUACUACCCAAGAAUUCAAUUCUCCAUGAAAGAAUAAACACGUUGAUUGGCCGAUUGAAUCAAGCUGGUUUACCAUCAUUUUGGAAUAGACGCAUUAUUCAAGCCUUCGUUACACAAAAGAGGCUAAACAAGCAGAACGAACUAGUACAAAAUGAAAAGGAGACAAAUGGUUUCGUGCCAUUUAACUUAUCCGAUGUUCAGUCAUCCUUUUAUAUGCUGUUGAUAGGACUAUUAAUAUCUACGAUAGUAUUCCUUCACGAAAAGGGCUGGCUGAAGGCAUCAUUAUUGCGUACUGGAAAAUCAAGCUACAAAUCUACGUGCUAGUUGUUAAGCGGUAGAGAAUUAUGAUAAAUGUUAGUUAAACAUUAUUAUAUUAUUAUAAAUACCUUAAUGAUGGUCCAAUAACAUUCAUAGAAUAAUCAGUAACAACAUAGAAAUAAAGAUGAAAUUAUAUGUAAAAAAUCGAAUUUACACACUUAAAGGGAUUAGAACGGUUUGAAAUUUCGAAAAAAUCGAUUUAAAAAUUUUUUUUACAUAAUCGAUGAUCAGUACAAUCUUUUAAAAACAUUUUGGUGGAAGAACUUCAAUAUUCGCAAAAUUGAGUUCAGGAGAGUCAAAAAUGUAAGGUCGUGCAUGGCCGGCAGGGCGCCCGCAAUCGGGUAGUGGCGUGCCUUUGUGUUACUUUUCUGUCGUUGGCAUCAACAAAAGAGGCUAAGACAGAGAAAAAAGGACGUUCUACGAUUGCUGCGAUCAAAUGGAAAUUGAUCUCGAGACAUCAUUUUACAUAGGCAAUUUUUA